CCUCCUCCUUCCAGUCGUACAGCAGCUAACGACGGCGUGUCUCAGCGUUGAACCUACGACACCGGGAAGUAGUCGUUUGGAUGAAAUAAUCUACAUUAUCUUUUCAGCCGCGACUCUAAUCAUUUCCAGAAACCAUGACUAGCUACCACAAACCUGACGAAAAGACCGUGCAGGGGCUGAAAGACAUCGCCAACAAGCUAAGGAUCAACUCCAUCAAGGCCACCUGCGCGUCCAACUCUGGCCAUCCCACAUCAUGCUGCAGUGCAGCAGAGUUGAUGUCUGUACUGUUCUUUCACACCAUGCGCUAUAAGGCAGAUGAUCCUCGUAACCAGUGUAAUGACCGCUUUGUUCUCUCAAAGGGCCAUGCUGCACCAGUCCUGUAUGCUGCCUGGGCUGAGGCAGGUUUUGUGAAGGAGUCUGAUUUGCUUAACCUGCGCAAGAUUGAUUCUGACCUGGAGGGGCAUCCCACACCAAAACUGGAGUUUGUUGAUGUGGCUACAGGAUCUCUUGGACAGGGUCUUGGGGCUGCCUGCGGGAUGGCCUAUACUGGCAAACAUUUUGACAAAUCCAGCUAUCGUGUGUACUGCAUGCUUGGUGAUGGAGAGUGUUCAGAGGGGUCAGUGUGGGAGGCCAUGGCCUUUGCUUCCUAUUACAAGCUGGACAACCUGGUUGCUAUUCUGGAUGUGAAUCGACUCGGUCAGAGUGAACCUGCGCCCCUGCAGCACGACAUGGAGACCUACCGCAAGCGCUGUGAAGCUUUUGGGUGGAACACGUAUGUUGUGGAUGGACAUGAUGUGGAGGAGCUGUGCAAAGCUUUCUGGCAAGCUCAGCAGGUCAAGGAUAAACCCACCUGCAUUGUUGCCCAGACAUUUAAGGGGAAAGGACUCAAGAAUAUUGAGAAUCAGGAUAAUUGGCAUGGGAAGCCCAUCCCCAAGGACAAGUUGGACGACAUCCUGAAUGACUUGCAGUCUCAGGUCCAGGUCCCCAACAAGACUCUGUGCCCUGAACUGCCCAAUGAUGAUACAGCACCAGCAGACCUCAGCCCAAUCUCCCUGCCUACACCCCCAGCUUACAACAAGGGGGAUAAGAUGGCAACGAGGAAAGCAUAUGGUAUAGCACUGUCCAAACUGGGUAAAGCAAGCCAGAGAGUGGUGGCCCUUGAUGGAGAUACCAAAAAUUCAACUUUCUCAGAAACCUUCAAGAAGGCCUUCCCCGAACGCUACAUCGAGUGUUUCAUCGCUGAACAGAACAUGGUCGGAGUGGCCAUUGGCUGUGCCACCCGUGACCGCACUGUUGCAUUUGCCAGUACAUUUGCUGCAUUUUUCUCUAGAGCGUAUGAUCAGAUUCGAAUGGGAGCCAUCUCCCAGUCAAAUGUCAACUUGGUAGGGUCUCAUUGUGGAGUCUCCAUUGGUGAGGAUGGUCCAUCCCAGAUGGCCCUUGAGGACUUGGCCAUGUUUCGUGCCAUACCAACAUGUACAGUGUUUUACCCUAGCGACGCAGUGUCAGCAGAGAGAUCUAUUGAACUAGCGGCUAACACAAAGGGAAUCUGUUUCAUCCGUACCAGUAGACCGGAGAGUGCUGUAAUCUACUCUCCAGAUGAGAAGUUUGAAGUGGGAGUAGCCAAGGUGGUACGCAAGUCUGACAAUGAUCAGGUGACUGUGGUUGGAGCUGGUAUUACUUUGCAUGAAGCCCUUGCUGCUGCUGACAUGUUGAAAAAAGAAGGGAAAAACAUCCGUGUGAUUGAUCCAUUCACCAUCAAGCCCCUGGAUGCAGAGACCAUUCUGGCCAGUGCCAGAGCCACUGGAGGGCAGAUCAUCACAGUGGAGGACCACUACAAGGAGGGUGGUCUUGGUGAGGCAGUGCUGUCGGCAGUGGGAAAGGAACCUGGAAUUGUCGUAACCCGGCUGGCAGUGUCAGGUGUUCCCCGCAGUGGACAACCUCAGGAGCUCCUGGACCUCUUUGGCAUUAGUGCCAAGCACAUUGCCAACGCCGUCCGCCAGACCUUCGCAAACUAAGGACCACAUUUAAUCUUUUGUGCUGUCACAACUAACUGCCUGCUGAAGUCUCAAGACCCAUUAGCCUCUGUCACAUUGUGGCUUUGAAUUUGCAGUUUACUAACCCUGUAUUACUUACACAUAAAGAGGUGGAUGAGUGGGGUGGACAGAGCUUGUAACUUUUGGACCCCUUGUUGCUCCUUGCAUCCUCCUCUCCAGCUGGGGCCGUUGUCCACCUCUGAUAGGGCCAUUUCUGUUUAAAGCUGUUUCGUCUCGUUUUAGGCAUCAACUAAGUCACUUAAUACUGUAAACACUGACAGUUUGAUUAUUGAUUUUUAACUGUCAGGCCAUGGCUUCUUAUAUUUGCACCAUCAUUCCUCUAAAACAUUUCUAGCAACAGUUUUCCCCAUUUGGUAUUCUUUCUUUUUCAAACUGCUGUUACGUCUUAUUCAUGUGACAGACUAGAUCACUCUCCUAGUUUUCUAGGCACGAUCUUUAAAGCUUGAGCUGCACUAGAACUCAGUUUUUCUCCACCCAUAGAGUGAAGUUGGACUAGACAUAAAAUGUUUGAUCCUUCCACAACGAUUCCGGUUCCUGCAGGUGGCACAAUGUUACUGGCUUUUAAGGUCACCGCUGUCAUCCUGUUGUUGCUGUGAUGUGCUAAAUUAAAAUAACCUGCUGAAUACUA